AUGGCCACGCAAACCAGUCUCUUCGAGGCCAUGCCUCUCGAGCUGCACUUCAAGGUGCUCAGCCACUUGUCGUCACCAGAGGAUGUUCUCUCCACCAUGCACGCCAGUCCAGCUGUUUUGAAAGCAAUCGCCAUUGGCAGGGAGCGAGUCUACGUCUCUGUGCUUGAGGCAGCUCUCGCCCCGGAGGUCUUUCGCGAGUUACUUGCGAUUGUAUAUGCGCCCGAUCACAACAAAUGCUCACAUGUACCCCCUCCAAGUCAAGAGACGAACGAUGCAAGUAUCCAAGAAUGGCGGGCUUGGGAACGGCGCGUCCGUUCCUUCCUGAAGAGGCACGCCCGCGGCGCUGUCUACCCAACUCCUGAUCCUCACGUAGACAUCAACAAGUUCAAGACGGCGAUAAAGUUUAUGGUUCGACUUUACUUUUGCCUGUCCAAGUUUGUCAAUUUCUACCAGACCUUUGUCCGAAGCAUUGCCGGACAGUUGCUACGGCUUCAGCGAGGUCUCUUGCGCCACGAACUGUGCUGUCGUUUGAUCGGGCUUCCUUCAAAGGCUCUCAGCUGCAAUGAAGUCUUCUUUUACCAGUUGGUUGACGCUACUCCACUCAGCAGCAACGAUGCAGGACACCCUAAACUUUGGUUUGAUUGUCCCUUCCGAAAGUUAUUGCCGAUAGACGAACUGGAAGAGAUUAAUUGCGCUUCAUUUUAUCUCAGGGGCCUUUAUCAGAUGUAUCACUCGGAAGUUCGUCAGGAAUUACAAAAUGAGCUACAGAUCCUGACCCUGAGUCGUGGAGAUGGCAAGCUUGACAAGGAUGGAUCGGAAAAGAAAAAGGAAACUGUCGAUGAGUGGAUGUCAUUAUCUAAAGAUCCAAUGAUUAACUCCGAUCCUUGGACCGACAUCAGCGCACGAAAUUGGACGGAUAUCAUAAGUCAACUGGGUCUGGUUUUUUUAGACCGAUUUACCAAAUCCACCCUCGCGGACCGCAGGGUCUUGAUACGAGAUACUCUUGCCACUUGGGACUAUGAAGAACUUCCAACUUUUCAUUGCACGUUCAGGCUUGAAAAUCAUCCUCGGGGGUCUCAGAUGGUCGGCGGAGCUUACUGCAACCUCAUGGUACGGACCUCUAUCAUCCGCGAUCUGCACCACAGAUUCGGACGCGACCGCACGAUGGAUCGCCUUCGGGUCCUCGGUUGGGCGUUCUUCGAUGAUCCAUCAAGACUCGGCCCCCCGGGCCUUCCAAAUGAUGCUAACUCCUCCACUAUACGCGCUUGGCUAAGAAAAGAGAAAAUGUGCCAAUCCUUCUGGCCAUCUGCCCAGCCAAGAAUACCUGACACAGUCUUGGGCACAUUUAUCAGCAAGAACGACUGGGAAGAUACGGUCAUGGCUAAAUACGCAUGCAAGGAUCACUACGAAGAUUACCACGCCAUGGCACUUUUUGUUGCUGGUAUCAGGGCGGUGUCUGACCUCAAUUCGACCCAACUCCCCGCGUUCGAUUGA